AUGACGAAAAAAAAUAAAUUCCUUGCUUGCAAAGUGGUAUACACAUAGUUUUCUAAUAAUUUAAUAUACUUUCACAAAAAGUAAGUAAAAUAAUACGUUUAUUUAUUUUGUAUUAUUAGACAUAACCAUUUUCGCAUAUUAUAGAAUGGCUUCGUCAGUACCCAAUAUUCAAAAGAGAAGCCGGACCACAGCAGAACAACUAAGUCGCAUGGUGGACUUUUUGACGGAAACGCCGGGAUUGGCAGGAUCAAGGUUCCAGAAGCUUCAUGGCAAGUCGGACUGCGACAAGAAGUGGACUGACUUAGCGUCAAUGCUGAAUAGCCUUGGUGGUUCGGUGAAGAACAUCGACCAAUGGCGCACAGUAUGGAGGGACUUGAAGAGCCGUGCUAGUAUUAAGGUGCGUGAUAGAAAACGAAAGCAGGCAAUGACGGGAAACAAUCCCAUUAAUGAAGAGCCACCCACUGAGCUUGAGAGGCGUGUGAUUGCUCUUGUCGGUAGCGACUAUGUGCAGGGCCAUGAAACUGUUGCUGAAAGUGUGCCAGUGGAAGAGGAACUCCAACUUCGUAUGGAAGAGGGUGAUGAAAGUGUCAUCAUCGAGAUGCCAUCUAUUUCCCACGAAGUGAGCAUUGAGAUGUGCACAUCGACUCCUGUAACUCCUGCAGGAAAAACGCCUCGUAGAGGUGCAAAAAGAAGGCGUGUGGACGGUGGUACCGAGGCCCAAAAAACAUUUUUGGAAAUUGCUCAGACCCAAGCAAAUGCCUUAAAAAUGCUAGCAGAGUCGAGUGCAGCGAAUGUACAAAUAGCAAGUAGACAAGCAGAUGCUUUGAAGUUGUUAGCUGAAACAAGUACGGCGAGUGUGCAGGUAGCGAAAUCGUUGGCCGAAGCUAUGAGCACAAUGGGGGAAGGUUUAAAGGCAAGUGCGGAUGCCUUUAAUAAUUUACCAAACGCUAUCUACCGCAUGUAAAUAUUGUGUAAAUAUGUAGUUUUUUAAGUAAUUUUUUGUUUUAAUAUUUAUGUUAGUUUUAAUCGUUUUAAAUGUAAGUUGA